AUGUGUGAUUCGGGCCCCGGUAUUAGCACGCCCGUGCGCAGCGCUCGCUGGGAGUCUAAGCUCGGUCUUUUGGUGUCCGGGACUGUGGAAGACCCGAUUUCUGUGCGUUCUACAGCGUCUAUGUGCGGGUGUAAGCGUAUGCUUUCUGCAGGAGAAUGUGAGUCGUCGGUUGGCUCAUUUGAUAAAGCUGGCGUCCCCGCCUAUGGAAUAUUACGUUCGGCGGGCGCCAGCGCUUCACGGAAGACACCGACGUGUGUCAUGGAUCGGAAGCCGUUUGAAUUCCUUGGAUGUGUAGACCUGUGUACGAUUUCUACAGAUGAGGAGGAUGUCGUACCGAGCUACACAAAGCUGGGGGCUCCAGUACUGGGAUCUGUUGAUCGCGGUAGGCCCCCCGCCGCCUCAAUUGAGUGGUUCAAGCACGAGGAUGUUCCCGUCGAACAUUCACAGACGCCGCUUCCUUGUACUCCCGCCAAGAAACCCAAGGUAGCAAUCGGCAUGCAAUGCAGCAAAAGGCGCAAUUCUACAAGCGCCUCUAUCACACUGCCCGAUGGCAAUUCGGGGGAUAUGGACGCCGAAAAUGGCGUACAAAAUAACACGCAGUCGCUUGGUGCGAAUUGUGUUAUCCCCCUAUCGAAGCUGUGUACGACUGCUUCAAUCACAAAGGACACCUCUAGUAUGCAACGGCAGAAGACGUAUCGUCACAAGGUGCUUUUGAGGCUGCGCAAAAAGCAGAUGCGCAACAACUAUGAUUUGGCGCUGUUCUUGCUGCUAAAGUUCGGUGGCACGGAGACCAACGCCGGUCGUUCGGUUUUACGAGACCAGGCGCUUCUGGAGUGUUCUGCGCUGAGUCGCUUUCGUAAUGAAGACGAGCUGGCUGCGUUUUACAGGAACGAGCGUGCGGCUCUGAUGGCUGCAUUGAGCCGGCGUGUGACCGUGAGUACGUUAUCGCAGUCCCAGCUUAAUCGCAAGUUGGCGAAGCUGCUGCAGCCAACCCGGUGGUUCAACCGCCCCAAGCUGCUGCAGAAGAUUGUUAGUCAAGAGCACUGGAAUCCGUUUUCGAUAUUCGGCAGCUCGCUGCCAUAUGUAAGCGUGUCAGAGGUAUUCGGAAAUCAGCGGCGCGUCGACGCCGAUAGGAAGCCGGGAUGUGAUAAUGCUGCCGCAUGCGCAGGGGGCCUUGCCUUGUGCACAGGUGUGUCGGGCAAUGCUGCAGCUACGUCCACAACAGUAAAUCCGGUGGGAGACUGCCGAUGCGUAGGUCACAGCGCGUACACAACGCCAGGCAUCAACUGGUCAUGUGAUCCCCUGCUGCUGGAUGAGGUGCUGUGGUACUUGGAGGCUACCAACAAGUACAUCGAUAAGAGCCGUCAAGUAUGUGCCCUGCAGCGCUGCUUCUGCGUUACUCCCAACCCCCAAAUCGCAUUCAACUGGAACGAUGCGCGUAACCUCACGUGGCGGGAAUACCGCGGCCCUCGUGCAUCCAUGGGACAAAUGCUGAGCCCAUCGGCAUUUGGAUACAGCAUGGAGGACUACGAGAGGCUACGUAAGGAGUUUCAAUCGCAGCCGUCGGAUCGGGAUCCAGUACAAGGGCAAGACGGCAAGGUAACAGACGAAUCCGCCGCAAUACACGACGGGAAUAUGAUCGCAGAGUUGCCGUUAACAGCAUCAGACAUUGGUGGCUGUUCGGCGACCGUUGAAUCUGGCCACAUCACGGCAUUACCGGCGCUUGCGAAUACGCCGCGAACUCGGCGGGCGAAGAUGCAACAGUUGGUAUUUUAUCGCAACUACUUUAAGGCGAACCAGCUUGAAGCGGAUGAGCGAUGA